CGUCGUGUUGUUUGUGCUUGUCCUUGUAGUCUGUAGCUGAGACUGUAAAGGCCCAGUGAACAGCAUCAGAGAAUGGCUACAGUGGAAAACGACAAGGAGCUGAGCGACUUGCUGGAUUUUAGUGCGAUGUUUGAACCUCCAGUUUCGAAUGGAAAGAAUGGGCCGACUACUCUCGCCAGCAGCCAGUUUGGAGGUCCCGGUGUAGAUGAGAGGAGAGGGUCCAGUCCGUGGGGACCAGGGGAGCAGACUAGUCCAUCUUUCAACCAGGGAAGGGUUUUCGAAGAGGGCCUUUACAGUGAGAGAGAAAGUCUGGCCUCUACCCCCGUAUUUGGACCAGGCAUUGCUGGGAAAGCUGAACGAGGGUCAUACUCAUCAUUUGGGACGCAGCCUGGUUUUAUGCCAAGUGAGAUACCCCUGCCCAGUCCUGACAGCCUCUCUCCGCCUUCUGCCAAGUCCAAUUCCCAGUUUUAUUCAUCCUAUGAGAGGAAGAGACCCGCACAGGACCUCACUGCAAAUCCGCAGCCAAAAAAGAUCCGCAAGGUUCCUCCUGGCCUGCCCUCCUCAGUUUACCCCACAGCCACAGGAGAGGAUUUUAAUCGGGACACCACUUGCUUCCCAGCCUCCAAAGCAGGAAAUGUCUACCAACCAGCGUACUACAUGCAAGAUGCCCACCCGCCCUCUGAUCCUUGGGGCUCUGCCGGGUCGAUGAUUCAGCCUGGAUACUCUGCCGUGUUGGGGAACUCCCCCCAUCUGGGCCAGCACGGUCCAUUCACUGCCAUAAACCCUCAAGACAGAAUGAAGCGGCAUCCCCUUCCCCUCUCACCCCAGAACUACCCCCUGCAUGGCAGCGAAGUGAACGGAGCUCAUCCCACCAGCUUCCACGCAGGCUCCAGCAGCUUCGGAGUCCCCAGCCACACACCCCCCAUCGCUGGCACUGAAACGAUUAUGGCAAAUCGGGGUGCUGUACCAGGAAGUUCGGGUGACGAGAUUGGAAAAGCCCUGGCAUCAAUUUAUCCUUCAGACCCAAACAGUAACGCUUUCCCUCCGUCGCCGUCUACUCCCUCCGGUUCACCACAGGCUGUGUCAGACCAAAGCACCCACUGUCAGCUUGGCUUUGUUUCCACGUCAGAAGAAUGUUUUCUGGCUUGUGCGACCAGACGUCUCCAGACUGUAGGUUCUGCAUCACAGUGGACUCGGUCCUCAGGCCAGGCCACCCCGUCACCCAACUUUGAGGGAGGAAUUCAGUCCAUGCAGAGUAAACUGGAGGACCGUCUGGACGAAGCCAUCAAUGUCCUUCAGCGGCACGCCAGCGGACAGGGAGGGCCGGGACUUGCUGAAAUGCACAGCCUGUUGUCGGCUGGGUUAGGGAUCGCACCGGGCUUCAACAGUGCAGCUCUCGGAUUGGCCAGUCGUCUGCAAGGACUGGUUUCCAGCCACCUUGAGGAUUCAGUUGGUCUGCCCUCUAGUGGAGGAGUUUUGCAUCACGGCCCUGCAUCUGUUCAUUCAGGCUCUCAGCCGGAUGGAUUUACAGGCCUGCCCGGAAGCGGGAAUCGUUCCGGCGGCACAGCUAUCAAGCGAGAAGACAAAGAGGACGAUGAGAAUUGCUCAAUUACAGACAAGUCAGAGGACGACAGAAAAGAUCUGAAGGCUCGUCUUCGAACAAGGUGUCCAAAUCAUAACUGCACCAUAAUGUUUAUUUUGAUUUAUAUAGAAGUAGGAUAUUUGCAGCAGCAGAAUUAGAAAAAUAAUUAUAUGCUAGACAACUCUUCGGCAUAAUGUUGAUAAUAUAACAGCAAUUAGAGCGUUUUACCAGCUAAUUCAAUUUCUGUUAUGUGAUUAAAAACAAGCCAUUGUUUAGAGGUGCUUUUUAUUGUGAUGGUCCCCUAAACGUCUAGCACAAAUUAGGAAAAUUACUUAGCAAGGUACAGCUCUGGUCAUAAGUUUGCAUGCACUUUUUAGAGGCAUGAAUGUCAUAAACAUUUUGGGCUUUUAAUUAUAUUUUA